UAUAUUUCUAUAUAAAUAUAUAUAUAUAUAUAUAUAUAUAUAUAUAUAUUAAUUAAAAUCAUAUAUAUCUGAUAAAAUAAAAUUUUAAAAAGGUCAUUACAGAUUUAAUUUUUAUACGACAUCGUGAUCAAUCAGAAAUCAUGUCUAAAACCGACGUUUUUCCUUCUUUAACACCUGAACUAGCUAUUGAAAUACUCACCAAAACAAUAGAAACACUUCAGUCUCCAGAAAAUACUCAUAAAUUGGAAGAUGCUAGGGAUAAUGUUGGAAAUGAAAUGUUAAAAAUGAUGCAAUUUUUGUUUCCUAUCGUAAUGCAAGUUCAGAUAGAUGUUAUCAAGGAAUUUGGAUUUCCUGAAGGUAGAGAAGGCAUUGUUAAAUUUGCUCAAAUGUUAAGGAGUUUAGAAGCAGAUAAUACUGAAGUUGCACAGCUGCACAAUGUUGUUAGAUCAUUUUAUUUACCAUCUGUCGCUGUUAAUAUGUCCCCACCAGAAGAUAGAGCAACAAGUUAGGAAUAAUGUUCUUCAAUUUGAUCAUUCUGGUCAGGAAAUAUGACUAAAACAUUAUUAAUCUUACCAAAAAAAGGCACCGAGAUGUUAGAAUAAUUCAUGAAGAGCCUGUAUAAUAUUGAAUAUUACAUAAGAGUGUAGUGUAAUAUUAAAAAAAAUGGUUAUAAACAAUUUUAACAAAAUCUGGAAAGAACUGAAUCUCAAAUAACAAAUUUGUUUUACUUCAACCAGUAAUAAAGUGUUCUGUUAUAAUGGGUAUCUACUGUGUAGUUCUACUCAAUGAGCUAGAAUGGUGUUCAAUAAAUAGAAUAAGUGAA